UUCGAUUGCUCAGUGACAAUAUAUAAAGAUAAUACAGGGAACAGAAACUGAUCAUGGAAAAGCAGGAGCCGCCGCCGUACACUGAACAGCCGCUGCCGGAAACGCAACCGCAGCCAAUGCCACAGGCAACACCUCAAGCACAGAUCAGUUUUGUGCCAGCGCAAGCCUAUCAGCCGUAUCCGACGGGUCCGACGCAGCCGCCACUCUAUCCGCCCAUGCAACAACAACAACAGCCACCAGGUUCCUGUGUCCUGAUACACACAACACAACCUAUCCAUGUGCCAGUGGGCAGGGAUCCGACCUUCGUACGUUGUCCCACCUGCCGAAACGAUGUGGUGACCACAAUUCAAAAUACGCCCACAGGACGAACGCAUAUGUGGGCCCUGCUACUGUGCCUAAUUGGCUGCUGGCCCUGUGUUUGUGUACCCUACUGCGUGGACUCCUGUAAGACGGCGAACCAUUACUGUCCCGUCUGCAAUGCCUUCAUAGGCAGCCGAAUGCUCUGAAAGUGUGGGGAAAUCGAAAUUCAAAAUUGUGCUUUAAUAAAGGAACUGACCUACUGUAAAACAUAGAUAAGUAGUACGUUCAAAAAUAAUUAUUGUUAACUACUAUCCUAUAACUUUUAUAAAUACUAUCAGAUUUUUUAAUGAUAUACCAAUUUAGACUCGUAAGGAUCAGAUUUAUCGAUGGGCAUAAUAAAAU